AUGAUUUUAGUUGUUGAGGACUUUGUUUUAGGGUUUUUUCUGCUGAAAUGGGGAAAAUUGAUCUUUUCCCCAUUUUUUAAAUGGCCCCCUAACCCCACAAGGGCGGGGAUAAUUCUGAAAAUUUACACCCCUGGGACUCCGGACUGGUACAAUGAAGCUGAAAGCAAAUCUUUAACUUUUUUUAUUUCGAAUUUUGAUUUUUACUUGUUAUUUUUCAGUGAGAAGUACAAGAAGUCGUUAAGUCCUCUCUUGGAUAUUCUGAAGGAUGAAGAACUGAAAAAGAAAUUAAAACUGCAUUUACGAGGAGAAUCCAAGGCCGGGGAGGAGAAGAAGAAAAAAAAGAAGAAUAAGGUUAAAAGUGAAUCAAGAUCUCCCAAUUCAGAACCUGAGAAACCUAAGAAAAGUAAGAAGGAGAAGCUUAAAGGAAAAUCAAAGAACGGCGCUGCAGGCUCCGAUACCAUCGAGGUUCUCAGCAGUGAUGAGGAUCAGAAGAAGAAGAAAAGUAAGAAAAAGACGAAGGAAGAUAAACUGGAAGACUUGAAGACGGAAGAUAAAUCCUCAAGGAAGCAGAAUUCACCACCUAAAUGGGAUGAAGUCAAGAAUUCAUCCCAACGAAGUGAUUCUGCUAGAAGGGGUCAUGAUAGGAGGCGUGACAGUUCUCCUAGAAAGCAAGACUAUUCUUCAAAAAGACAUGACGAUUCUCCAAGACGAAGAGACGAUUCUCCAAGACGAAGAGACGAUUCUCCAAGACGAAGAGACAAUUCUCCCAGGCGGCGUGAUGGUUCUCCAAGAAGGAAGGACGUAUCUCCAGUUCGUCGAGACUCCUCUCGCAAGAAGGAAUCCUCCUCCCGUAGACGCGAUUAUUCUCCGUCGCCAAAACGUAAAAGUUCUCCGUCUCCACUUCCAAAGAAAACAAAAUCCCCAACUAACCUCAGGAAAAACGUUUCGAGUAAGAAUGUUUUUGAUGAAGAACCUAAACCGAUCCCAAGUAAAGGUAGUGUGUUUGGACGUCUGGAACUACCAAAACCACCCAAGUCAGGAGGUUUAUGGAUUCCCACUGGAGAAGAUAGUCUUAGAGAAUCUAUUAACAAAGCAGUUUCAAAAAUGGAAGAAAGUAGGAAGAAGUAUGCCAAGUCAUCAGUUGACCCCCCGAAGUUUGAUCCACAUAAGAAGAUAAGUAUGAGCUCAGAGGCUCCACCGCCUGCGGUAGAUUAUGAUGUUACCUACGAUCCGAAAAUAGGAAUGUAUAUAAGAGUUCCUAAGAUUCAAGUUAAGGAGAAGACUCCCCCCAGAACUCCUCCUAAGACCAAAGCCCAGAAGGUUGCGAGUAAGAAGAGUAGGAUGGAUCUGGAGAAUGAGAAGAAGGAGUUCUCCGAUAUACAAGUUAUCCGACCCAAACCACCAGUACAAGAGGAGAGAGUAGUCAGGUCCCUUGCUUCACCACCACGAAGUAAUCGUAAAGAUCACCAUUCUUCAGAUCGUCGAAGAAGCCGAAGUAGAUCUCAUGGCCGACGAAGCAGGUCACGUGGCCGAAGAAGCCAGUCUCGAUCAUAUGAUAGAAAGAAUGGAGACCGGAGAUCUGGAGAUAAACGGUAUGAUGAUGAUGGAAGACGGACCGAAGGCAAGAUAGAUUCUAAAGGAACAACUCGAUAUGAUUAUGAUUCCCAGAUCACAGAUAUGAGGGAGGAGACUCAACGGUUAAAGAAGGAGCGGGAAGCUAUUGAAAGGGAAAAGGCGGAAUUAAUGGCUUUGACCAGAGGAGAAGGGAACAGAGAAGAAUUCUCUGGUCUUGAGAAUGUAAUGGAUACAGUGCUUGACGAUGUGGGGUCUAAAACCAAGAAACCAGUAUCAGCUGCUGAGCCGGUCAACAUCAAACAGUUCCUGGAGAAGAAGAAGGCGGAAAAGGGGAGCUCCUCUUCCUCCUCUUCAAGAAAGGAGAAAUAAAAAUUUGAAAUAAAUAUUUGGAAAAGAUAUUCGUAUGUCCUAGCGGCAACCCAUGUUUCAGAGUUAGGUCCCUUUCCCAUCCAAAGACUUCGGCGCUUUUGGUUCAGAAUGUGAUCUUAUCUAGCCUUACCUAUUCAAAACUGUUGAUUUAUCAUGUUUCGGAAGGAUUUAGGAUUUUUCUUUGGAAAGUUUCUCCUGGGGAGUUUUCCGUAGCAAGUUUCCCUUGGGAAGUUUUCCAAUUGAAAAUUUUCCCAUUUUAUUUUCCUUUCUUCAAUCUUAGUGAAUAUUUCUGUAAUCUGUAUACAUUCUCUCGAAAAGAUAUUCGUAUGUCAUAGCCGCAACCCAUGUUUCCCAUCCAAAGACUUCUGCGCCUUUGGUUCAGAAUUUGAUCUUUUCCAAUUAAAAUUUUUCCCAUUUUAUUGUCCUUUCAGCAAUCUUUGUGAAUAUUUCUGUAAUCUGUAUACAUUCUAAUAAAUUUUCAAUGUGUUUUUUA